AUGAUAAAAGGAUAUACCUUACCCAUCACAGCCGCGGGCCUGGCACUCAUUCUGUUGGCUACGUUGCCUAGUGCUGUUAACAUCGUUCGUAGCCUUGGAAGAAAAGGCAAGGUCCACAGGAACGGAUUAUACCAGGACGAAGAUGGCACCGCUACGGAAGAAAGCCAAAAGGCCUUUUCGGCGAAGCCGCCGACUCUCGCCAUCUGCCUUAUCUCCGUAUGCGGGCUUGUAUUAUCGUUAGCCAACGCAGUUCUAACAGAAAGCAAUGGAUCCCAUCACCAUUUGCGCCGUUCCGUCGAGGUUUGGCUGCAUUGCGCCAUAUGGGCCCUUCUAGUCAUACAAUCAGUCAACAUCUCCAUCGAAAGGGACCCUCCCAGACGCUUCGACUUCUCCCAAGCAGCUGCAUGCUCCUACCUCAUUCUCAUUGUCGUCUAUGGUUUCCUUGAGGCACAACUUCGCGUAACCGGACCGUACAUGGGCUUAGUGACCGGCGAAUCGUGUCUGGCCAUCAUAGCUUUCGCAGCAUGUCUUGCCCUCCCGCGCCGGCCGGAUGUCUACUACGAGGGCAAGAUUGUUGACCGCCAGUGGGGCCUACCGGCUUUUCACCGUUACGCGUAUUCUUGGGCUGCACCGCUGCUCAAGGCAGGCGCAGCGGGGAAGGCUCUAGCUAUCAGUGACCUUCCGAAGAUGGACCACUAUACGAGGUCAAGAGAGCUCCACGAAUUAUUCGAAGACGAGGACCGCGAAGCCAAAAUCAAGUCCAAGGAUAGCACUCCUGACGGAAAGCUGGGCACGAGUCUUAUCAGGCUGCUCAUUCUAUCUCACUGGCCAGCGUUUUCGCGGCAGUACAUCCUUACUGUUCUUCAAAGCUUAUUUCUGGUAGCACCUCAGCUUGCUAUGUUUAAGCUCUUGCGGCUGUUGGAAGCUCGUCAAAAUGGCGCAUAUGUGACACCUGAAGCUUCCAUGUGGACUGUCGCUAUGGGAUUAAGUAUUCUCAUCCAAACCUUCUUCGAAAAUUGGAUGUGGUGGGUCAGUUAUUCACAAUGCCAGGUGCCUGUUCGCAUACAACUCUCUGCUGUGAUCUUUACUAAGUCGAUGCGUCGGAAAGAUGUCAAGGGCGUUCAGAACAGCAAAGAGGACGACAACGGCGUCAAGGUAGCCAAAGAUGUGGCUCAGCCUGAUGCUGCAAGUGAGGAAAGUGAAGAUGAGCAAAAUGGAGUCGAGGAGGAUGUUUCGAAGACCCGCCAAGGAACCGUCAACUUGGUUGGCGUAGAUACGAAGCGGGUAUCCGACUUUGCCACGUACAACAACCUACUUCUCGGUGCGCUGUGCAACAUGGCGGCCUCCUUCACUUUUCUCGGCAUCCUGCUUGGGUGGCAGGCAUUGCUGGCCGGCAUCGGGGUGCAGCUUCUCACUCUGCCGCUCAACAUAUGGGCAUCGAAGCGGUACACUUCAGCUCAAGAACGGCUUAUGUCAGUCAGAGAUCGCAAGUUGGCAGUACUCAACGAGGCUCUAGCCGGUAUCCGACAGAUUAAGUUUUCUGCGCUCGAACGUCAGUGGUCAAAACGGAUCAUGGACAAGCGUGAGGAUGAGCUUAAAGCGCAAUGGGAGUCAUUCGUUGCCGACAUCUGGCUCAUACUCUGCUACCUCAUCGGACCCGUCAUGCUCUCCGCUGUGUGCUUGGGAGUCUAUGCAGUCAUACACGGCGGCUUGUCUGCGUCAGUCGCCUUCACCGCGAUAGCCAUUCUCGGUCAGAUUGAGGGCACACUAGGCUUCGUCCCGGAGCUCGUGGCGAACGGCCUGGAUGCCUGGGUCAGCGUGAAAAGAGUUCAAGAGUAUCUAGAUGCUCCGGAGAAGCCGCAAUCCACGGAGCCUGGUGACUCUGUUUCGUUCAAAGAUGCAACUAUCUCGUGGCCAUCCGACGAAGAACAAUCCGGUGACGCCUUCGCCCUGCGGAAUCUCAACCUCAGGUUUCCCAACGGGGAACUCAGCGUCAUCUCGGGACGGACGGGCUUCGGUAAGAGUCUGCUUCUUGCGGCUAUAUUAGGAGAAGUCGACAUAUUGAAUGGCACUAUCACCGUACCGCAAGCGCCCCCUUUGCACGACAGGCACGAUCAUAAGGCGAACAGGAGCAAUUGGAUAAUACCAUCGGCGAUAGCGUUCGUCAGCCAGCAGCCAUGGAUCGAAAACUGCACUUUCAAAGAGAAUAUUCUUUUCGGUCUUCCGUCUGACAAGGAGCGCUACGACAAAGUCAUACAAGCGUGUGCUAUGGAGAAAGAUCUUGAGAUGUUGACGGACGGGGACUCCACAGAGAUUGGCGCAAAUGGUAUCAACCUGAGCGGCGGACAGCGUUGGCGGAUCACCCUUGCUCGGGCGCUUUACUCAAGAGCCGGCAUACUCAUAAUGGACGACAUUUUCAGCGCCGUGGAUGCUCACGUCGGAAAGCAUAUUUUUGAGCAGGCGUUAACCGGAGAGCUUGCACAGGGCCGUACAAGAAUCUUGGUAACACACCACGUCUCACUGUGCUUGCCAAAGACUAAGUACGAAGUCCUGCUUGGAGAUGGUAAAGUCGAACGGGCGGGUCUUGUCGAAGACCUGCGAAAGACCGGCGAGCUACAGCACAUCCUUGAGGAAGAGAACGAAGCAGCAGUCUCGGACGAUGACGAACCCGCACUGCUUCCUUCACCAAGUCUUGCCAGGCGGCAGUCGAGCGGACUCGCACGUAUUGAUAGCAGGGCUUCUGGCCGACCAAGGGCUAUGAGCCAAAGCAACAAUCUAGCCAGGGUGACUUCGCACGCCAGCAAGAGAUCCGGCAGUUUCGGUGCUGGCCAUCCUGCCCUAGAUCCCAAGCUUGCCGCGAAGAAGUUCGUCGAAGAAGAGACGAAGGAGAAAGGACGAGUGGCAUGGAAAGUGUACUACGAGUACCUUCAGGCAAGCGGUGGGACUUGGUUCUGGAUUGGAGUGCUCGUUAAUUAUGGCGGCUAUCAAGGAUUUCUGCUGGGACGCUCUUGGUGGAUCACGCUGUGGACGCGGACGUAUGACACAAAGUCUGCUCACAUAGGCCAGCCGGCAACUCUACUCCACCAAACGUUCUCCACGCAAUAUGCCGCAGAUGUCGCGCAGAACCGUGACCCAAACCUUACGUAUUACCUGUCAAUCUACGUCGCUUUAUCCGUCAUAGUUGUUAUCGGCGGUACACUACGGUAUCUCUGGAUGUUUUACGGCUCGAUUCUUGCCAGCAGGAGGCUUUUCGAGAAGCUAUCGUACGCUGUGCUACGAGCGCCAUUGCGAUGGCUCGACACCGUUCCUCUUGGAAGAAUUCUAAACCGAUUCACGGCGGACUUUAACAUCAUCGACUCUGAUCUCAUCAGAGCUGCUUCACUGGGGUUGUACAAUGUCAUGACCGUUGUUGGUAUUGUAGUGGCAGGUGCAUUUGUUUCGCCAUUCAUCUUGGUCUUUGCCGUGAUAUUGCUCGGCAUUAAUGUCAGAUACGCUAUCUACUACCUAGCCGGCGCCAGAGAAGCGAAGCGGUUAGAAUCCAUCGCGAAAAGUCCAAUCUUCGAGUACUUCGGUGCAUCGCUAGCCGGAGUCAGCACUAUACGCGCGUUUGGCAAGUCCGAUGCAUACAUCAGCAGCAUGUUCGCCAAGCUCGACGCUCAUGCCCAGGCGUUAUGGCAUCAGUGGCUGUUCAACCGGUGGCUGACCGUCCGCCUGGCAGCAAUCGGAGCAGCAUUCUCUGUCGCCACUGCUGCGUUUGUUGUUUCACUUGACAAGAUCAAUGCGUCUGUUGCGGGCUUUGCGCUCAGCUUCACGCUACAAUACUCUGAGUCUGUCGUGUGGAUGCUGCGACAGUACGCAAACACAGAACUGGGAAUGAACGCGACGGAGCGCAUUCUGGAGUACACAAACAUCACGACGGAGCCUGAGGGCGGCGCCGACGCCCCGGCCGCCUGGCCAACCGAAGGCCGCCUUGCUGUCUCCGAUCUUGUUGUUGGCUACGCCCCAGACCUUCCCCCAGUUUUGAAGGGCCUAACCUUCGAUGUGGAGCCGAACGAGCGUGUCGGCGUCGCCGGCCGCACAGGUGCAGGCAAAUCCUCGCUCACACUAGCUCUGUUCAGGUUUCUCGAAGCUCGCGAAGGUAGCAUCUACAUUGACGGCGUCGACAUCUCGAAGAUCAAGCUGUACGAUCUGCGAAGUCGACUAGCCAUCAUACCGCAAGACCCCGUUCUCUUCUCCGGCACUGUCCGCUCGAAUCUCGACCCCUUCAACGAGCAUAGCGACGUCGAACUGCGAGAGGCGCUUGCAAGGGUGCACCUGAUCGCCUCCGAUUCCUCCGAAGGCAGUUCGACUCACGAGCCCGAACCAUCCGGUUCAAGCACCCCCACGCACACAAAUACGAACCCUUUUAGCACGCUCUCCACGCCCAUCAGUGAAGGCGGCCAGAAUCUCUCCCAAGGUCAGCGCCAGCUCCUCUGUCUGGCUCGAGCCAUCGUCUCGCGUCCUAAAAUUAUUAUCUUGGACGAAGCUACAUCUGCCGUGGACAAGGCUACGGAUGAGCUUAUACAGAGGAGUAUCCGCGAACAGUUCACGGACAGCACGCUGUUGGUCAUUGCGCACCGUCUGAGCACCAUUGCGGACUUUGACCGGAUAUUGGUCAUGGGCGAGGGGAAGGUCGUGGAGUACGAUACGCCGAGGAAGUUGUUCGAGGCGGAAGGGACAUUUAGAGGGAUGGUGGAGGAUAGUGGGGAGAAGGAUGUGCUGAGAGAGGUUAUACUUGGGGAGAAGGAGGGAUGA